UACCAGAACCAGGCAAAGCUGUUAAUACGCAGGAUUGUCCCGUCAUCACCGCCGCGAUGCUCUCUCGUAGCCGGUUCAUAUUGCUUCCACUAUCUCCUCGAAUCUGGAAUCUGCUACCUUAUUCUUGCUGAAUCUAAUUUCCCUCGUCAGAAAGCUUUCGCAUUUCUCGAUGAGGUGCAUAAUCAAUUUAGCAGUCAGUAUUCCAACGACGUUUAUACGGUUUCUCGACCAUACGGCUUCAUUGAAUUUGAUCGUGACCUGCAGAAGUUACAGCAAAAGUACACAGACACCCGUGUUUCCUCAAAUGUUACUCAGCUGAAUGUUGCCUUGCAGGACGUACAGCGUAUAAUGAUACAAAAUAUCGACGACGUCCUCCGGCGCGGAGAAUCUCUUACCGCGUUAGAUGCUCAGGCAAGUCAUCUAUCGGAGCUAUCUCGAGGGUACCGGAAUAAUGCAGCUUCGUUAAACUUUCAAACAUCUGUUGCAAAGUACCUGAUAAUUUUUGCUGUUGGAGUAAUCUUUCUCUGCUUUUUGUAUUUCCGCUUUCUUUGGUGA